AUGGAUGCUGGCUUCGAUAUAGACGGUGAUAUGAUCAUUUCAAAGACGCUAACACGUACUGAUGUUGACAAACAUGGACGUAUGCAUCUACCCAAAAGUCAAGUGCUCUCCGUCUUAACAAAGAUGAAAGAUGUUACAGAGGAGAGUCUGCUAAAUGGUAUCGAACUCGAAGUUCUAGACACUAUUAACAACCAUUCAUACUCUGUCAUCCUAAAAUCCAGGAACAUCUCCAAGGAAUUUGUUUUAGGAACGGGUUGGAGCACCUUGAAGUAUUCGCUAGAGCUCAAAGAAGGUGACAAUCUCAAACUAUAUUGGGAUUACUUGAACUACAAGUUCAUUAUUCUCAAUUUUGAAUACAGCCUAAUCCCCUUUUAA